AUGGAUGGAGUAGUAUAUGACUUGUGUAUUGUUGGAGCUGGUCUUAUCGGUUCUGCUGCAGCUAGACAUGCAACUAUUAUAUCACCAGCUGCUAAAAUAUGCUUAAUUGGACCAAAAGAACCUAAGACUGUGGAAGAAAAGCAUGGCCGAACUAUUUUUGGUGCACAUUAUGAUGAAGGUCGUAUAACUCGAACAUUGGAUCCGAAUCCUAUAUGGGGGGUAUUAGCGAAUAGGUCGAUAGCUAGAUAUCGAGAUAUUGAAAAACGAACAGGUGUCAAGUUCUUCUCUGAGGUUGGUCACAUGACAAUUUGUAAUAAAGAAAAUGAGGAUGUAAUAAGGAUGAAGGAAAUUGCAACUGAUCUUCAUGUAAAUUUUGAUAUUAUGGAUCAUAAAGAUGUCAACAAACAAUUCACUUAUCUGAACAUUGAUACGUAUGAUGUUGCACUUCUGCAGUCAAAAGGUGCUGGUCAUGUUAGUCCUCGAUCACAGCUACUAGCACAACAAACAGCUGCUCAUCUCCAAGGAUGUAACAUCAUUGAUGAUGUCAUCGUACAUGUGACUGAAACUAACCAAUUAAAUGGGUCUGUGAUGAAGUUGACUACAGAGAAAGGGGACAUUCUGAGUUAG